UCAUUUCGCGUUAACCACUCGCCGAGGUCAGACGUGUUUUUCGCUGCUCUCGGAAGUCGUUGAUUUUGCUUCGAAACUAAACAUGAUGAACGAGGAAAAACAAACACCUUUACUAUCUGCCGACCAUCCUCCAAAGAGUAAGGACUCCAGUACCAAACAAGAGCCUGUGGACACCUCUACCAAAUGGGACUCUACAGAUCAAGUCCGAAUUCUGCUUGUUGGUGCUUUGUAUGGGCCCCUAGGCUCUUCCAGUCCGUCAGCGCGUAAUCUACUGCAAACGCUCCUCAAGAAGCUUGACGGCAGUACCCCUGGAACGAGGGAGAGUCCAUCAACCACUGCAAUGGUCGGAUUAGAGGCUGUGGCGAACCAAGCAAAAAAAUCUGUACCCCAAGUAAAUGCAUCGAAAGCAUUUGAGGGAUUGGAUGAUGUUGACAUGGAGAACUACAACACAACUGGGGACUCUUUGGCAAACUCUCAAGUACCGUCAAUUGAAGACAAUGAUGAGACAAAGAACCGAGGCUCUUCAUGUCAGCAGGAAGUUAUGAAGGACGAGAGUGCAGCACUUCUUUCUAAUGAGAUCAACGCAGUUGUACCUCAGGGAUCGGCUGAUGUUGAUAGGGAGAACUACUACACAACUGAGGACUCUUUGACUAACUCCCAAGUACCAUCAAUCGAAGACGAUGAUGAGACAACCAACAAAGUCUCUUCAUGUCAGCAGGAAGUUAUGAAGGACGAGAGCACAGCACUUCCUUCCAAUGAGAUCAACGCAGGUGUGCCUGAUGAGGAUUCAAACUCUUUUCAUUUGGGGAAUGUAUCCACGGCGGCAAAGAAUCGGGUGCACAGUUUCGUUCUCGAUCUGGUGAAUACAACCUCAUCGCAGUUGGAUACCUCCAGCCACCUGAAUCAACUGGAGCUAACUACCAGUGAGUCUGUGGAGGCUGGUCCAGGUCCAGUGAAGGAGGAUUCUUCCGGUUACACGAAGGUUUUAAUGCUAUCAUUAAAGGGAAAUGAUUCAUUAGAGUCAACGGCGAUGUCUUCAGCAAAGAAAUCUGCACCCCAGGUAAAUGCAUCGAAAGUAUCUCAGGGAUUGGCUGAUGUCGACAUGGAGAACUACAACACAACUGGGGACUCUUUGGCAAACUCUCAAGUACAGUCGAUUGAAGACAAUGAUGAGACAAACAAUCAAGGCUCUUCAUGUCAGCAGGAAGCUAUGAAGGACGAGAGUGCAGCACUUCUUUCUAAUGAGAUCAACGCAGGUGUGCCUGAUGAGGAUUCAAACUCUUUUCAUUUGGGGAAUGUAUCCAUGGCGGCAAAGAAUCGGGUGCACAGUUUCGUUCUCGAUCCGGUGAAUGCAACCUCGUCGCAGUUGGAUGCCUCCAGCUACCUGAAUCAACCCGAGCUAACUACGAGUGAGUCUGUGGAGGCUGGUCCAGGUCCAUUGAACGAAGAUUCUUCCGGUUACACGAAGGCUUUAAUGCUAUCAUUAAAGGGAAAGGAUUCAUCGGAGUCAACGGCGAUGUCUUCAGGAAACAAAAGGAAACGAAAGCGCAGUAUUCCAGAAAGUUUAGAUACAUCCGAGAAAGAGUCUGACGAGCCAUUGCAAAAAUCCCAGUGUUUAAUCAUGGAGACAAAUUUACACCAAACUGAUGAGCCGUUGCCAAAAGUCCCAUGGUUGACUGUUGAGAAAACUGACUCGUCCACAGCAAAGGUGACGAUUGAGCAUAUGCAUCCACCCGGUGAACCGACUGACUCAUGGACUUCAACAGGCAAGGGAAUAUCCCCAGAAGCUGAAGGGAAGACCAGGAAACGAAAGCGCAGGGAUUCAGAAAGUUUGGAUACAUCUGAGAAAGAGUGUGACGAGCCAUUGCGAAAAUCUCGAUGUUUAGUCGCAGAGACAAAUGAAAAUUUUCCACAAGCUGAAGAGCCGGAUUCUCAUGAAAAUUUCGCGAGAGUUAGAGUGGAAAAUGCCACAAAUCCAGAAGCUCUGGAGUAUGCUCAUUUGUGCAUCAGAAAUGCUUAUCACGCACUCCUUGGUGCCGGGAUCCUGGAACAUCAAGCAGCCGUGAUGGCCCCAGAAAAUGUAACCAUCCAACCUCAGGCUGAAAUACGGGCACGGGUCAAACCCUACAAACGGAAACGACGACGAAGAAGGAACUAAGAGUGGAAACACCUGGACUGGAUGCUCCACCAAUCAUGAUCAAUUUUUCUGCUUCACGCCACUUAAUGACCGGCUAAAAAAACCAAAAUAACAAAAAAAUGCCGAAAACAAAUGAUUCGCAAAAAAAAGUCUACGACCAAUCCUGACAUUAUAGAAAAACAUUAUCACAGACUGCUUUCUUAAGUUAGCACUAAACAAAUGUUAAAGCCGAAACUUUUUUUGUUGAUUGAGAGGAAAACGAAAUAACCAAAAAAAAAAAACAAU